AUGUUCAAAUUUGAAUAUCAUACAGUUGGAUUCCUGUCAAUUCCGGCCGGAAUCCACAGAAUUCCUGGAUUCCAGCCAGAAUCUGCGGAAUCCAGUAGGAAUCAGUGGAGGAAUGGAAAGUAUUGUCUCAACUUGAGACUUCGCAAGGCUCACCAUAUAUCAUCAUCUACCUCAAUGUUUUCAAUGUCCACGGACUGCCCAGCAAAUACAAACCCUGGUUUAAAGGUGAUCCCAUCAGCACAGCAGCUUUCUAUGAUGGUCACAAGCUUGAGGUUUGAGCUGUGA